AUGUUAAAACUCGAAAGAAAACACUUUGAAUUAUCAAGGUGGUCAGAGGACACGGAGGAGUACAAAAACGCGGCCAAACUCUACUUUGAACAUAAGAAGAAAGAACAACUCUCGAUUGUUCAGAGUUGGGCGUCAGAAUACAAGUAUUAUAAAUAUUUGCUGACAAAAAGUGGACAUAGGUAUUUUUUUGAGGCUGACUAUGACGACGACGACUGUUGGAUUUGGCAACAUUUUGACGGGCUACAGACGGCCGGUAACGUGCAAUCGAGCACUCAGUUGGAGCUAUCUGCAUUAAAGAUAAAUUUGAUAGGUCUCUCGAGGAACUAG